ACGUAACAGGAAGUAGGUGCAGGGAAUGUGACUUGCGCAUACGAGGGCCUGUCAUAGAGUGCGGGUUAUAUGUCUUACGUUCGGCUGUGAGUUGCUGGGAAGUCAGUAGAGGUUGCAGACUAUGGCGCUGGUCUAUGAGCACUUGAAGCUACAUACAACACCUGAGAAGUUUUUUGUGGAAGCCUGUGACGAUGGCACGGAUGAUGUUCUUGCCAUUGACAGAGUGUCUUCAGAAGUCGCUCUUACAGCGAAGAAGGAUAUCCCACCGUCAGCUAUUACAAGACCGAUAUGUGGAAUCUUGGGUACAAUAAGAUUAGUUGCAGGAAUGUAUCUGAUUGUGAUUACCCGUAAGAAGAAAGUGGGUGAUCUUCUUAACCAUUCCAUCUGGAAGGCAACUGAUUUUGAUAUAAUCUCCUAUAAAAAGACAAUUUUACAUUUAACUGAUACUCAGUUACAGGAUAAUAAAGCGUUCCUUUCCAUGAUCAACCAUGUUCUCAGUGUUGAUGGAUUUUACUUCUCCACCUCAUAUGAUCUUACCCAUACUCUGCAAAGACUUUCCAACACAAGUCCAGAAUUUCAAGAAAUGAGCCUUCUGGAAAGGGCAGAUCAGAGAUUUGUUUGGAAUGGCCAUUUACUGCGAGAAUUUUCUGCUCAACCCGAGAUUCAUAAAUUUGCAGUUCCAGUCAUUCAUGGAUUCAUUGCGAUACAUUCCUGUUCUAUUAAUGGAAAAUACUUUGAUUGGAUUCUCAUCUCUAGAAGAAGUUGUUUUCGAGCUGGAGUAAGAUAUUAUGUUAGAGGUAUUGAUUCUGAAGGACAUGCAGCAAAUUUUGUUGAGACAGAGCAAAUUGUGUACUGCAAUGGAGGAAAAGCUUCGUUUGUUCAAACUCGUGGAUCAAUUCCAUUUUUCUGGUCACAGAGACCAAACUUGAAAUACAAACCAAAGCCUCAGAUCAACAAAGCUGUAAACCAUACAGAUGGAUUUCAGCGACAUUUUGACUUGCAGAUAAUUAGCUACGGCAAGCAAGUUAUAAUUAACUUGGUUAACCAGAAAGGAUCAGAAAAACCACUUGAACAAACAUUUUCACAGAUGGUAAAUGGCCUUGGAAAUGGAAUGGUUAGGUAUUUUGCUUUUGACUUCCACAAAGAAUGCAGCCGGAUGCGCUGGGACCGGUUACAGAUUUUGGUAGAUCAGCUGGCUGAAAUUCAGGAUGAAUUUGGCUAUUUCUUGGUGGACUCUGAAGGGAAAGUGUUAAUGUCCCAAGAUGGAAUUUUCCGAAGUAACUGUAUGGAUUGUUUAGAUCGCACAAAUGUUAUUCAGAGCCUACUGGCACAUCGCUCUCUUCAGGCUCAGUUACAGAGACUUGGGGUCCUCCAUAUUGGGCAGAGGAUUGAAGAGCAAGUACAGUUUGAAAAAAUUUAUAAAAAUGCCUGGGCCGAUAAUGCAAAUGCUUGUGCAAAGCAGUAUGCAGGAACAGGAGCUCUGAAGACAGACUUUACAAGAACUGGCAAACGGACACAGUGGGGACUUAUAAUGGAUGGCUGGAACUCUCUCAUACGAUAUUACAAGAACAAUUUUUCUGAUGGCUUUAGACAGGAUUCAAUUGAUUUGUUUCUUGGGAAUUAUUCAGUUGAAGAAGUCUAUACUACAAGUCCUUUACAAAUUCAGAAAGAUUGGAAAUUUUUAGCAUUGCCAAUAAUCAUGGUGGUUGCAUUUUCCAUGUGCAUUAUCUGUCUACUCAUGGCUGGUGACACAUGGACUGAGACUCUGGCCUAUGUCUUGUUUUGGGGUACUGCUAGUAUUGGAACAGCCACUUUUAUCCUCUACAAUGGCAAAGACUUUGUUGAUGCUCCAAAACUAGUGCAAAAGGAGAAGAUGGACUGAAUUUGUAAUUGUUCAAAGCAUCUUGGCAGUGAUUCUUCCACAAGCCAUAUAUGGAGUCUUUACUAAUCUGUUUUCAAUCAUUUUGUUGAUCUUCCUAAUUUUGACUCUUCAAACCCAUCAUUAGCAAUGAAUUUUGAUGCCAUGGGUGCAGUAGUAGUAUACUGCGUGACAUGGAGCACAACAUACUGUACUCUAAAAAAAAGUCUGCUUAUUUUCUGUUGAUUUGCAGCGUCCUUCUUACUACUGCUAUUACAGGAGAUGAGACUUUAUCUCCUAAGCAUUUUAAAGUCAAUAAUUAUACAAUAAAGACUUUAAUUUAUUGCGUUCCAUGCCUUACAAUUGUCUAUAAAUCGCAGUUUUCUUCUUUAUUUUUUUUUAUUGAGUAGUUGAAGAUGACAAGCCAGAUACAUACAUACAAA